CACAAACGCACUAGACACAUAAAUCAGCCCCUGGAGCAGAUUACAACUUUAGUUUUGUGAGGGUGGCUGCUCAUCAGACAUGAAGUUCUGGAGACGGUUCCUCUUGUGUUCCUCACAGAGGAAUACUGAAGGUAGAAUGAGAACAGACGGAACUGGAAAAAGAGACAAUUUCCUAAAAUCCUUAUUUAGAAGGAAUCAGAAGAAUCCCAAAGGAACCACUAAUGGGGCUGGUGUUAAAAUCGACAUUCCACCAACGUUUGGUCUCACCUUUGAGGAGAACCUACAGCAGGGCCAUCUUUUCCAGGCUGGAAAGCAGCUGAUCCAACAGGAGGAGCAUCUGUUUGGGAGGGAAAUAGGGAAGGAGGAGAAGGAGAGUGGGGAAAACAAGGAAAAACUGAAGAGAGAUUAUGAGUCCCUUCUCAAGAAGGUGUGGCUGUCAGUGGACUCUUCACUGAGUGCUGGGGCAGAGGAGCUGGAGGGCCUGAAGUCGGCCGUGAGCUGCAUCCAGCAGGAGGAGGAGCAGGAUAGGAGGUGGGGGAAGAAACCAGAGACACAGGCCCCUGAAUGGAGGCCCAGGCAGUGCAGACAAAUGCAUGAUGCCCGGCUUGAGAAGAUGGUGGAGAAACGGAUGGAAGAACCGAAUGUGAUCGUGGAAGGAAACAUGUCUUCCUUGAAGAGGGAUAUCUGCAAGAUGGGCAAACAGAUGAAGGAGGACCUGCUGAAGGUGGCACGGGAGCUGCAGAACUGCUACCCUGAGGAGUUUGACAUCUGCAGUGUGUAUGCCGGACUAUAUCAUCAAGCCUUUUCUCAACGUUUAACAGAGAUUGCCGAUUAUGAACUGGUUGUAGAUGACUGUAUUUACCUCCUGACCUGGGUGAAUAAUUACUAUCCAAAUGACAUUUUAAAAAGCAAAGAACUCAAAGGGAAGAUUAAUUGCAAAUCGCUUGGAGAUUUGUUGCCUGUGGCGGUGGCUAGAGUCUUGGAGGAGCAGUAUCUCUCAGACCAAGAGACACAAGUUAAGAAAUUUGUCUCCACUGCCCUGAGGAAACAAGAGGAGGCCUGGCUGAGUGGAGCUCAGCCCGAGCUUAUAGAAGGACAUUACAGUCCCAUUUCCAUCGAUGUCAUACAGUGUGUUGAUAGCGCAAUGAAACAUGCAAGGAAUGUAUUGGGUGAGGUGGACAAAGCCCAGCCAAUCAUGUGUCAGUUGACGGAUUUCCUACGGAGCUAUAAGAAAUCUCUGGAAGAUUUUCUGAAAGGAAAGCAUGGAAACACCAAGGCAGUGAUAAAAGCUAACUUGGCCAGCCUUGAGCAAUUUGAGACCUAUAUUGUGACAGAGAGAGAUGUCUUCACAGAAGAGAUGAGAACAUGCUGCUUAUCACUCGUGAACGCCAUGAAAGACUGUGGCUACCAGUAUCUCUCCAAGAUCAUACAUGCAGAUAUGAAGGUAUGGUACCGUAAGCUGGGCACCCAGUCCUGGCUCACAGAAAACAGCAUUGUCAUGAACGGCCUUCUAGAAGCACUGAUGGGACACAUUGAGAAGUGCAGCGAUCUGAAGACCAGCUGCUUUGAGGAGUUUGUUGGCCGGCUGCAUGGCGAUGUGAUGGUGGAGUAUGUGUACAGGCUGCUGAAGAAGAAGCUGAGGCUGAAGGAUCAAGGCCAGCAGGAGGCAGCUGCCAGGCUGCUGUGUGAGGACAGCAAGGCACUACAUGCCCUGUUCACUGAGAAGGGAUCUAAAGAAGAGUGGCUGAGUGAGAUUCUCCCAAAUAUAGCUGAAGUUCUGAAGACACAGGACCCAAGCAUGAUCCAGCUGGAUAUCGUAAACCUGGCUCAGUACUGCCCUGACCUCAGUGAUUGCCACAUCUCCGACCUGCUCCACCUAAAAACCAACCUUCCCAUCUCCGACAUCAAGAUGAUCAAGGAGAGCCUGUCGGAGAUCCGAAACUCAGUCAUCUCCCAGAACACCAGGCCCUUCUUCUCCAGAGUGCAUCGCCAAGAUCGUGGAAUGAUCUUUGCCAAGAUGGUAAAAUGGUAAAUGGUUGGCAUUUAUAUAGCGCCUUUAUCCAAAGCGCUGUACAAUUGAUGCUUCUCAUUCACCCAUUCAUACCCACACUCACACACACCGACGACGAUUGGCUGCCAUGCAAGGUGCCGACCAGCUCAUCAGGAACAUUUGGGGGUUAGGUGUCUUCCUCAGGGACACUUCGACACAGCCCAGGCGGGGGAUCAAACCGGCAACCCUCCGACUGCCAGACGACUGCUCUUACCGCCAGAGCCCCACGUGGUUAUGUGACUCCCUUGCGGUUUCAAAGCCUUCAGGUUCCCUCUCAUAGAUUCUCCAGUGCCCUCAGGUACGCCUUCACUACCAUUCAACCUGGCUGCGACAAACCACACACUUGUCCUGCAGUAGAUGGACAUUAAAGCUCCUGAUUUUCAAAUAGUGGGGCAUUCAGUGAAACUCAAUCUGUCUGGAAUGCUAGCACACCUUCAUUUGUAGAUGACAUGCCAUCUGUAAAUAAAGCUAUUCCGGUCCAAUGAGAAUUUACCUGUACUGUAUGUCAUGCUUGCAGUCAUGAAACCUUCAAUAAUUUUGUCAGUAAAAAAAAAAAGAUUGAAAUAUUGAAGGGGUACUAAAAUGAAGCACAUUUACCAUAGAGGGGCUAACCACUAGCUGUUACAGUAUUAUUGUCCUGAGCUGAGGAGAAUAGGUCUGUCUGGUCUUAGUCCUCUAUGGAGAGAUUGCUUGGGCCACCAUCAAUGGUUUGUCAAGGGAUUUUUAUGUAUAUGCUGUAUGCCCAAAUGCCUGUAAAGUGUAAUUACAUUUUUUAAAAAUAUUUUUUGUUUGUUUUGUUUGCUUGUAUUCC